AAUAUUUUCAGGUGUUCCGCAAGGCCACAGUGAAAAUGCUGAUGGGCUAAAGUUUGUCUUUCCAGUAAAACCUACUUUUCCACCCUGUUGCUGAACCUGAUAGGUUUGAUUCAGAUAUGUUUUUUGGAUGGCUGCCAUUGAGGACAAUUACAGUAGCUGAGCGUCAGCUUGGAAAUUUUAUAAGCAUCUUCCUGCGUGAUGCAGGUGAGAAAAGAGGGGAUCAUCAGCAAAGAGCAAGGAAGUCAGAACUUGUUCUCUAUGACCCCAUCUAUAAUGAAUUAUGCUGUUUGGAACCAAUUUGCUCUGGAGAAACAAGGGCUAUGGUGAUACCCCCAAAGAGAGGUUUCUGUCCCACUUCAGCUGAAAUCAACUCUAAGCCAACACUGAUGUUUUUGGAGGACUUUUCACUUCCACUUCUUGGGUGGUGCCUUAGGCUUCUACCCCAAAGACACUAUAUAAAGGCCCUACUGGCUUUGAACUCCUAUGAAUUAUUAACCUUAUUAUAGUUUUAAAAAGCUUUGCUAUCUUAAGAUACCACCCUUUACCAUCAGAUCACUGGCUGAGACGCCAAGCCAAAAGCUGAUCCCAGCAGCUAAACUCAGCAGAGACUCCGACAGCUUUUCAAGCAGCUGCCUGGUUCCUCUCCAAAUCGGCCUCCUUGCCCAGCACUCCCUAUCGUUGCCUUCACAAUGGCCAGGAAUCAUCAAGUGCAGAAAGCCAAGCUGGCUGAGCAGGCUGAGCGUUAUGAGGAUAUGGCGGAUUUCAUGAAGGCAGUAGUAGAGGAUGGAGCCGAACUCUCUAACGAGGAACGCAAUCUGCUCUCAGUUGCCUACAAGAAUGUGGUGGGCUGUCAAAGAUCGGCAUGGCGGGUUAUCUCCAGCAUUGAGCACAAGACGGAGGAAGGAGAUGACAAAGCUCAGCUGGUCAAUGAAUAUCGGGAGAAGAUUGAAAAAGAGCUGAAGAGUGUCUGCAAUGUGGUCUUGGGGCUCUUAGAUAAGCAUCUCAUUCAAAAAGCUAGUGACCCAGAGAGCAAAGUGUUCUACUUAAAGAUGAAAGGCGACUACUUCCGCUACCUGGCUGAGGUGGCCACUGGGGAUGACCGUAAGCAGAUAAUUGACAAUGCCCGAAAUGCUUACCAGGAGGCAAUGGACAUCAGCAAGAAGGAGAUGCAACCCACAAAUCCUAUCCGCCUGGGCCUUGCUCUUAACUUCUCUGUGUUCCACUAUGAAAUUGCCAACGCCCCAGAAGAGGCCAUCAAACUGGCCAAAACGACCUUUGAUGAGGCCAUGGGUGACCUCCACACACUCAGUGAAGAUUCCUACAAAGACAGCACUCUCAUCAUGCAGCUUCUCAGGGACAAUCUCACAUUAUGGACAGCAGAGUGUUCAGGAGAAGAAGGUGGAGAAGCGGGUGAAGAGCCAAAGAACUGAACUUUUUAGACAGUAGAAUGAUGGUAACUCCACAUCUCCCUUCCUCUUUUGUUCUUUUCCAACACAUGGUAUUUUUGUAAGAUGCAUCUCCAGCUCCUGAAAGUUUCAAUGGGAUUUUGACAGCAAAAGGGGAUGGAUUCAUACAGGACUUAAGCAUUUAUCCUCUUGUCCUCAUGUGACAGCUUUGGGAUUACCUUUGUCCCUGGGCCCCAUUCUUCCUGGUAUGUGACACCUGCUAGACUCACCGCAGCCUGGAGCUCCUUGUUUGGUUUUUUUAAAAUAAACUCGUGUGUUUGGUACAGCAUCUGGUUAGCACAAGUGUUCUCCUGAUUUGGGAGGGAGGACUGAUA